CCCCAUCACCGUGUCUCUGUGAGUGAGUGUGUGCGCACCUGAGUGAGUGUUAGUGUAUGUGUGUGUACGUGUAACCAUUUGCACGAGAUUGGUGGAUCGAUCGAGGGGGCUCUGGGGUUGGAUUCGAGCAUCCUCAGCUGACAACGAAGGGGAACGAAGGUCGCUGCGUGCGUGGAGAUUGUGCGCGAGCAGGGUGAUCAGGGUGGCUGGUUAGAAGCAGCUGGGCCUUCAUCCGGGUACCAUUUCGUGAAUACGCACGGGUGCAAGACUCUGUCGCUAAUCCCACCACGAUCAUGGAAAGUGUUUUGAAGCAUGUGACGGAUUAUACUAUCAAUGCAAGUCGUGGAAUUGGAAGUGCGCGCUCGAUUUCCGAAGCGCCCACAGCAGUGGUGGUGUUGAAUUAUCGUCUGCCUCGAUUUACACCUCUGCUUUGGAGCCAAGCGCGAUUGCGUGUGUGUGCUGAUGGCGGAGCUAAUCGUCUUUACGACGAACUUCCUCGACUUUUCCCUGGUGAAGAACCCGAAGCUGUACGCAACAGGUUCAAGCCGGAUGUUAUUAAGGGAGACCUGGAUUCUGUUCGAGCUGACGUGAGAGAUUUCUACAUGAAUUUGGGUACUAGGAUCAUUGGCGAGGCGCAUGACCAAGACACGACAGACUUUCACAAAAUUAUCCGUUACAUUGAAGAGUCUACACCAGAGCUUGACAAAACUCAACUGAAGGUGCUCGUGGUUGGUGCUCUGGGUGGGAGAUUUGAUCACGAGGCUGGGAACAUCAAUGUGCUGUGGACGUUCGCAAACUCCCUAAGGAUAGUGCUUCUGAGUGAAGAAAGCAGUCUCACCUUGUUGCCUGCUGGGAGUACGAAUGAAAUUCAUAUUAACCAGACAUUUGAGGGCCCUCAUUGUGGCCUGCUUCCGGUGGGCGCUCCGUCUCUGUCCACAACAAGCACUGGACUUCGCUGGAACCUCGAUCGAACGCCGAUGUCAUUCGGAUCCCUGAUAAGCACUUGCAAUAUUGUGGAGAGCGACGUGGUGACAGUUACCUCGGAUGUGCAUUUACUGUGGACGAUUGAGUUACGAUACGAUAUGGACCAUGAUAUGAGCCAGGUUUUUAGUGAUUGUUCGAGAUCGUAACCCACAUACGAUAUGAACCAUGAUCAGUUUUUUUUUUUUUUUUUUUUUUUUUUUUUUAUAGUUAAAAUUUGAAUUUUAAAUUUUUACUGUUUUUGGCUUUGGACACCGCAACACCAUGUGGACCUCUUUCCUUCCCUGCUGUUCCGUGAAGAUUCAAAGUAAUUUAUUUGUGAUGUUCGAUAUGAAUUUGCAAA